AUGAAGUCGCUUCAACAAUUGACCCGCCGUGCGGCGUUGGCCGGCCUUACACGCCCCCGUUUGUCCUCGCAGAUCCCAUCCACCCGGUCAUGGCAGCGCAACUUUGGUGCGACGGCCGCUGCGGCUUCUCAGUUGCUUGGCCUGGAUCCCUCCAAGCUGAGCAUUACCAAGACGAGCACUCCUAAGGAGCUUACUCCUAACAAUGAGCUUGUCUUUGGCCGGACCUUCACUGACCACAUGCUCUCGAUUGAAUGGACCGCCACCGAUGGGUGGCACACUCCCCGCAUUAUCCCCUACCAGAACCUCAGCCUGGACCCGUCCACCUGUGUGUUCCACUACGCUUUCGAGUGCUUCGAGGGAAUGAAGGCAUACAAGGAUCACAAUGGGGGGACCCGUCUGUUCCGGCCCAACAAGAACAUGGAGCGUCUGAACAAGUCCUCCGCGCGCAUUGCCCUGCCGACCUUUGACGGCGAGGCUUUGACCAAGCUGAUUGGAGAGUUUGUGAAGGUCGACGACCGUUUCAUUCCGGAUGCCCGUGGCUACUCUCUGUACCUGCGACCCACCAUGAUCGGUACCCAGAAGACUCUUGGCGUCGGUCCCCCCGGCUCGGCCCUGCUGUUCGUCAUUGCAAGCCCUGUCGGUCCUUACUACCCCACCGGCUUCAAGGCCAUCUCCCUGGAGGCCACCGACUAUGCCGUCCGCGCCUGGCCCGGUGGUGUUGGUGACAAGAAGCUCGGUGCCAACUACGCCCCGUGCAUCCUGCCCCAGCUCGAGGCUGCGUCCCGCGGCUUCCAGCAGAAUCUGUGGCUCUUCGGCGAGGAGGAGUACGUGACCGAGGUCGGUACUAUGAAUCUCUUCAUCGCUCUGAAGAACAAGGAGACCGGCAAGAAGGAGCUCAUCACUGCUCCUCUGGACGGUACCAUUCUGGAAGGUGUCACUCGUGACUCCGUGCUCUCCCUAGCCCGCGAGCGUCUUGUGCCCGAGGGCUGGGAGAUCUCGGAGCGCAAGAUCCGCAUGGCGGAUGUCGCCGAGGCCGCCGAGGAGGGCCGCAUGAUUGAGGUCUUCGGUGCCGGCACCGCUGCCAUUGUCAGUCCGGUGCGGAACAUCAGCUACCGCGGCAAGAUGGUGGACUGCGGUCUGAAGGAGAAUGAGGAGGCUGGUGAGAUUGCCCUCAAGAUGAAGAACUGGAUUGAGGGUAUCCAGUACGGUGAUGAGGAUCACCCCUGGAGUUACGUUGUUUAA